CCAUAUUUUCCCUCCCUCCCUGCUCUCUGCAAACUUGGGACAAUCUGCAUGCACUCAACUUCAGCUCACAUCUGUUUUUGCGUGCUGGAGUGGGGGGGAACACAGGCAGGCAGCGGUUCAUAAAGGAAAAGGGGGAAAAGUAAAAUGCUGCACGAGGAAGACCGAGUUGCACGGGGGCUUUAAAUAACAGCGGGACACGCGAGAGUGUGAACCAUCAGAGUAAGAGACGAGUGUAAAGUAAUUUGUUUUGUUUUGUUUUUUUUUAGUAUAUAAAAGAAUGGGCGCACUGGUGAGCUGUGCUGCUGCACUUCAUUUGUCCUUUGUGCUGGGUUUAUUCUUUGGAAUGUCUACAGUUUGGGGCCAGGAACUGAGACACAAGGAUGCGCUGUGCAACGCGGACGGCUGCUUUGUUGUUUAUUUCCAACAGAAAACCUUCCUGGACUCGUGGCGGGUGUGCAAAGAAAAAGGUGGCAAUAUGGCCACCAUUAAACGCAAGGGAGACGCCGUCAAUAUCGCUACACUUUUUUCAACGCUGGACUCGCACAAUCUGCACAGUAAGGUCCGGGUUUGGAUUGGCCUACAACGUCAGCCUCGCCAGUGUAACAGUGCACAACCCCUGCGGGGAUUCUCUUGGACUACAGGUGACCAGGACACAGAGUACACCAACUGGCAAAGAGAAGAUACCCCAAGCAUGUGCGCGGUGCCACGCUGCGUGACCAUGGGCUACAGCUUCAUCCAGCAGGGCGACAAUUUCAAAUGGCUGGACGCUGCCUGUUCGGUCCCUGUUGACGGCUUUCUUUGCCACUACGCUUACAAAGGAAUGUGUGGCGCUUUGCCGAGCGAAGGGGCCGGCAAUGCCAUUUACGCGACCCCGUUUGACGUCGUGAGCACCGUGCUGACCCAUGUACCUUUGGGAUCAUUUGCUACCAUGCCAUGCCUUGGACCAUCCGAGGAAGACGAGACAGUUUCCUGUGUGCUGAAGGAAGAUGGGUCGGUCAGGUGGUCGGGAAGCUCUCCUCUUUGCUCCGAUCUCCUUGAAUCGUGGUGUGACGACGACAACGGUGGAUGCCAGCACUACUGCAGGACAGCUGGUUCCCACAUCUACUGCGAAUGCGACGCGGGUUACCAGCUCGGUGUUGACGAACGGAGCUGCGAGCUGUCUGAUGUUUGUCACGGGGACCCCUGUGAGUUUGAAUGUCUGCCUCUCUCCGACGGAUAUCGCUGCGACUGCCCCGAAGGCUACCUGCUUGGACCGGACGAACACACAUGUGUGGAUGUCAACGAGUGCCUACUGAGUCCCUGCGAGCACACUUGCGAAAAUGUCCCGGGGUCGUUUGUUUGUAGUUGCAGGGAGGGUUACUUUGUAGAUGGCGAGGGCGAGUGUAAGGAUGUGGACGAGUGCACGACUCAACCGUGUGAAGACGCCCAGUGCGAAAACACACUGGGCUCUUAUACCUGUCACUGCCAUUUUGGUUUCAUGCCGGUCCCUGAGGACCAAAACCGGUGUCAAGAUAUAGACGAAUGCCAGAUCCCGUGGACCUGCGACCAAAUGUGCGUCAACUACGACGGCGGAUUUGAAUGUUACUGUGAGGAAGGCUACGAGUUAGGCACGUCCGACCAGUACACGUGUCAGAGAAUAAGUGAAAGAGAGGAGCAUUCUACCGUCACGUCUCCAUUUCCCUGGGUCACUCUCAGACCUGCUCUUUCAUGGGGUCCUCUUGAUUAUCUCUGGAAUGUGAAGAGAGAGAGCGAGAGGGAGAGAGAGAUGGAGCGGCCUCUACAGGAGGGGGAGCAGUCUUUGAAAUGGCUAACUGACCCACCGAAAAUGUUCAAUUCAGAUGUCAUUUGGGUUACCAGUGCUCCUCGCGACGAGCCGCCCUAUUCGGCGUCAGUUGACCCCGUAACGCAAACGUCCCAUUCAGAGGUCGAGGUUUUGGCCGAAACUAUCCAUAGAACAACUCCGCCCAUCAUUAGUACGAAGUUGAUUUUGGAUCAAAAUGAUGAAGACACAACUACAAGUCUUCCCACGAGUUGGACUGCUAAAACAUCAGAGGCAGCUUGGUGGGCCAGACCUCCGAGUUAUAAACCAGGAAAUCCAGAGGAUUCCACCCUAGGACCCAAGAAGGGGGAAGACAAAACCCAGGCCCCUCUUUCCAACUAUUUGUUGCCACAGGAAGAUCUGGGGCCAGACGAAGACGCCAGCGAGGAGAUCACGUUGUUCCAAAAAACAACAGUUUCCCCCGAGGUUACUCCUAGCAGGCCACCCGUGAACGAAGGUGGACAGAAAGAGAGCAACGCCUGGUUCUUGGUCGGAGUUCUGGUGCCUCUCUGUGUUUUUAUUCUCGUGAUGCUUGCUUUGGGUGUUUUCUUCUGCAGCCGCUGCGCCAUUAUGCCACACAAUAAGAAUGCCAGCGACUGCUACCACUGGAUCUCCGGGGCUCAUGACGCCCAGGAAGCUUCCGAUCACUCACAAGUGGUCAAGAGCUGUGUAUGAACACGUGAGAGGGAAAAGAAAAAAGUCGUGGAAUGUGACUGCUGAACAAACCUAGUCUGAGCACAUUAAGAUAUAGCUGUCUUUACAGUUUUACGCCAAUUGCAUUGCGAUAGCACACACAGCUAAUUCGUUGCCUUUGUGAAUAAAAUGCAAACAUUUUUCAUAUUUUCUGUUAAAUAUGUUUUGUAAAAAGCAACAAAUAAAGACUGAUUAUAAUAUUAAAAGAAUGCCAUUUGUAGAAUUAAAUAAAUAUACAAAUAUUGAUUGAAACACAAAAGCAGUUUUAACUCGAUUUAUUGUAUUCGAGUCCAGUACAUAAAUAAAAUAAAAUAAAAUAAAAUAAAAUUAAAUAAAAUUAAAUAAAAUUAAAUUAAAUUAAAUUAAAUUAAAUUAAAUUAAAUUAAAUUAAAUUAAAUUAAAUUAAAUUAAAUUAAAUUAAAUUAAAUUAAAUUAAAUUAAAUUAAAUUAAAUUAAAUUAAAUUAAAUUAAAUUAAAUUAAAUUAUAAAAUACAAUAAAAUACAACCAGUGCUGUUGCAAUUGUGUGCAAAAAAACUCAAAUAAUCCCAGACGAGAGGAAUGAUAAAUAGUAAAUAGUAUUGAUAAUAGAACAAAAGUAUGAAUAACGUGUAAAUUAUUCAGGAGAAAAAAAAAACGUCAUUUCUAAAAUCCCUACAAUGAACUCCAGCACUGUUGCUAAGCAGAAGAAUACUAUAAUUUCAUCAGCCAGCGUCGUAAAAUGAUAUACUUGAUAUUAUGGUAUUAUUCCAUUUAAAUUACACUUGUUGAAUGUAUAAAUUAUCCUAGUAAAGAAAUGUUGCUGUAAUUUGUACAACGCCCACAACAUAAUAAUUGAUCUCUCUGAUAAAAGAAGAGUUGGUACAUUAAUCAAUUACCGUAUUAUGUGGGGGAAAAUGUACAAUUAAUAAAUGUCCCAUUUGUGUGCCUUUGUGCUGAUGACAAAAUUGUGCUGUAAUUCUUUGUUGCUAAAAACUGAAAUUCUUAAAUUAUUUUACAGUGGGGUUGUUUUUUUUUUUUCACAAACCUCUAACUUUUCUGUAUUUUCUAUCUUUGAUUAUGAAUUGACUUUUCAUGUUUCUGUUGCAUCACUCACCAGAUUUUUAAACCCCAUAAUAUCUGAACAAAAACUUUUGUGACAUCUUACAGAUACAAGUUUUAUUUAUGCCAUUAUGUCUCAUCGGUCUCUUAUUUUUGGUCACUUUUUUUUU